GUGCAUAUCGUAUCUAGCUUAAAUCUCUCGAGCACCAGUCACAAAACCAGUUUUCAUUUUCACUUUCAAAACCCUCUUUUAACCAUGGAUAAUCCGACCGAAUCCGAACUCUCUAACCCAGCUUCACCUUCUCCAGCUCCUCCGGCUCUGGCUCCACCUCCACCUCCUUGUACCACUCCUGAUUUGGCUCCACAUCCAGUUACAUCUCAAGUAAUAGCUCCAAAUCAGGCGCCAGUUCCUGACCCGACCCCAAACCCGGCGCCAGUUCAUGAACCGACCCCAAACCCAGCGCCAGUUCCUGACCCGACGCCAAAUCCAGCUCCAGCUCCUUAUUCCACUCUAUCUCCGGCUCCGGCUGCCUCUACCACUACCCUUACAUCUCGGGUUUCUGAAAAUAUCUCUUUCUCCAAGAAAUUAGUGAAAAAAGGCCUUCCAGACAACCUGAUGUACAAGAAUCGUCUGCAAGAAUACACACAAAAAUCAUCUUUACAGCUCCCUGUAUAUCAAACUUUAAAUGAAGGACCUGCUCAUAUGCCAAGGUUUAGAUCGACUGUGUGGGUAGAUGGAGCACGGUAUAGAUCCCAAAAAACUUUCUUGCAUCGAAAAGCAGCUGAACAAGAUGUUGCGAACCUUGCACUUGAGAGUAUCCUAAAAAGAGUAAAGGAUGAAGGAUGUCCACUUCUACUUGGGGUCUGUGAACAAAUUGACACGGUGUUUUGCAAAUCCAUUCUGAAUGAAUUUGCAGUGAAGGUGAAUCGUGAAAAACCUACUUACAACACUGUUCAGUCGCCUGGGCUGCUGCCUGUUUUCAUAUCUACUUUGGUUUUUGAUGGUGUAAGUUAUACUGGUGAUGCUGGCAGAAACAAGAAAGAGGCUGAGCAAUUGGCAGCACGUGCUGUGAUCCUUUCUCUUAUAGGUAAUUCUGGGUCAUCAAAAAUUCUUUAUGAAAUAAUCAAGUCUAAAAGCAAGCUCUAUGCUGCAUUGGAUAGGGUUAAGGACCCAAGCCAUUCCCAACCCAACAUUGUACCUGUGGCAGUAAAAGUUGGACAUUGCUCUGAAACCACAGUCAAUCAAGAGCAAGAGGUAAGCACUGCUGUUGUUAGGGAUGCUGUACCAGUGAGUGCAAACAUUGUACCUGUGGCAGUAAAAGUUGGACAUUGCUCUGAAACCACAGUCAAUCAAGAGCAAGAGGUAAGCACUGCUGUUGUUAGGGAUGCUGUACCAGUGAGUGCAAACAUUGUACCUGUGGCAGUAAAAGUUGGACAUUGCUCUGAAACCACAGUCAAUCAAGAGCAAGAGGUAAGCACUGCUGUUGUUAAGGAUGCUGUACCAGUAAGUGCAAUUCCACCUGCAGCUUCAGGAAUGCAUCCUUCCCACCAUGACUCCAAGAGACCAAGACCAGAUCUGCACACUGUUUCAGAACAGCCUCUGGGUGUUGACUUUGGUUCUAGUUCAGCUAAAAAGAGGAGGAAGAACAAGAAAAAGGCUAACAAAGAAACUGAUACCCAGUUUCCUACUGAUGCAAUUCCUCUGAAUCAAGCAUCACCUUGUUCUGUAGCCCAAUGAAUAGCCUGACCUGUGUUUUUCUGCUCCUGCCCGCAGUUAAUGACUCUUUAUGGGUAUGCAUAUUUGUUAGGAGUAUAUACUAAAACUUGUCAUUUGUUGUAAAAUAGGAUUAGACAUGAGACACUAAUGGUAGGAACUAUGGUAAUUGUUCUGUAGAAAUAGUAUUUUUUUGUUUAUGAUUAUUGGUCUUCUAUGCUUCCUUUUUACUGAUAUGAUAGCUAACAACAAUAAAUGAGCGUAUACCCUAAGCUGCUUCUUGCAUUAUAUGACCAUUGACAGUUUGGUUACGACUGGUUUUCCUUGAAACAGCGUCCAUGACAUGUAUUCUGCUCCAACUUUUCAUGACAUUUAUGGGGCAAGAGAGUUUAUCCCUGUGCAGAAAGCCCCGGCUGUUAUUGAGGAUUUAGUUCCUUAAAUUGAAGAGUCAUGUGAAGGUCCAUUUGUAUGUUUUGGCUAGUUGAGAAUUACUCCCUCAAAUGUUAGAGACUUAAAUUGGGCCAGCAUUUUCUUCCAUAUUUUUGUUGGUGGAUUUCUCUAGCUACUUAGUUUUGUUGUUUGUGAGAUAGGUUUUCAUGAAAAACGAGAUUAUUUAUGUAAAUUGAUUAUUUUUUAUUA